CCUGUUUGUGAGGGCGGUAGCGCGAGAAACGGGGUGGACUUUGACCGCGGGCUGACGGGAGAGAGCGGUCACCGGGGGGGAGCUGUCAAACACUGCGACGCUGCGGGGGUUCGAAAAAACAACCAAAAAAAGAAAAAAGGGGCAGCAAUACCUAAAGUUAUGACGGCAAAGAAUUUGCUGGCGGGGGACCGUCUCUUGUCUCGGAACGGGAGCCCCGGCGGGAUGAGCGCCCGGCCCUUCUGAGCGGGUUGCCAGCACGUUGCCAUGGCGAUGAUAGCCCUCUUCAGGGGCAAGUGGAUGCACAAGCCCCCAGACAAGCAGUCGUCGGGCGCGGUGCAGUCGGUCCCGCCGGACAGCGAGGACGAGGACAACUGCAAUCACGAAGGAGAGGAUGGAAGCGGCAGGGGCUCCACCCCCAUCCGCAGGAACUCGAGGUUCUAUCGCUCCAUGAGGAAGAAGAGAGCAUCGAUGCCGGACCAGCCUGCCGAAAACUUGGCGGCUCAGGCGAGACCCACUCCCGAUGUGGCCUCCAGAGGCAGGGCGGCAAAUGCCUCCGCCGCUGGGGUCUCCGUCUCGAUGAGACCACCGACAUCCUCCCCUCUGAAACGUCCCCCCUCAGCAUCAUCCCUGGACCCAGCAUCCGCCUUGUUGCCCGGCAACCGAGAGCCCAGGAACCCGCGCGCGGCAGCCGCAGCGGCGUCGGCGGCGUCCCCCGCAGGGGCGGUGCCGUGGGGUGGCCAGCGGGGGCCGGAGGCGCCUCCCCAGGACGGACACGGCGGAGCGCGCGCGUCCCGCUCACAGCGCAGCAACGUGGACAUGGAGAGCCUGGUGGACGCGCUGGGGGGAUGCGCGCUGCGGGAGGAUGAGGACGCAGGCAGCAUGAGGCGGGUCAGUUAUGAUGAGAGCUUGCCGAAGAAAGCGGUGGAAACUCCCAUCUGCCACACCAUUAAGAUCAUUCAGAACAUCCCCUUCCUGUACCAGGAGUACAGAGACACGUCGGAGCAGAAGGAGAUCGAGCAGAGGAGGCAGCUGGACACCUUGCAGAGCGCAGAGGAGGGCAAGACCGGGGGUGGUGUGGUGACCCCACCCGCCCUCCAGCUUCAGCUGAGAAACGACACUCAGUCCCUGAGCUUGUGGCAGAACCUGGACGUGGUCCGCCAGAGUGGGCUCCUCGAGAGCCUUCCGCAGAAGGAAAUUAUAAUGCAGGAGGCCAUGUUUGAACUGGUGACCUCGGAGGCAUCCUAUUACAAGAGUCUGGAGCUGCUGGAAACCCAUUUCCUCAAGAACCCUGUCCUGGUCAACACUCUCAACCAAUCAGACAUGCAUUUCAUCUUUUCCAACAUCGAGGAGGUCAUGAAAGCCAGUGAGAGGUUCCUCAUGGACCUGGAAAACAGGGUGGAGCAGUCCAUCCAGAUCUCGGACGUGUGUGACAUCGUGUACGAGCACGCCGUCGAGCACUUCCACGUCUUCAUCUCCUACGUCAUCAACCAGGGCUACCAGGAGAAGAACUAUCGGCGAAUAUUACAGGGAAACAUGGCUUUCCGGGAGACGAUGGCCAAGCUGGAGAACCAGCCCAAAGUGCGCGGUCUCUCGUUCACCUCCUUCCUCAUCCUCCCCUUUCAGAGGAUUACGCGUCUCAAACUGCUCGUGCAGAACAUCCUGAAGAAGGCUGAGGAGAAUUCUGAGAGAGAGUCCAACGCCAUCAAGGCUCAUGAAGAGCUCGAGAGGAUAGUGAGGGAGUGCAACGAAGGGGUGAGGAAGAUGAACCGCACAGAGGAGCUCAUCAGCAUUGAGAAAACAUUGGAGUUCAAGUCAAAGUCAGUUCCCGUGAUCUCGCACUCGCGCUGGCUCCUGAAGAAAGGCGAGGUCCAGCAGAUGAACGGGCCCAAGAGCACUAGGACCAUGCGCAGCCGCAAGCUCUACCAGCCCCUCUACCUGUUCCUCUUCAACAACCUGUUGCUCAUCACCAAGAGAAGCUCCAGCGGGGAGAAGUUCCAGGUGCUGGACUCCUGCACUCGAGCUAUGCUGAGGACAGAGGACAUGGAUGACCAGGGCCAGAUGCUGGCUAAUGUCUUCACCCUGCACCUGUUGGAGAACCAGGAGGAACGGCCCGUGACGUACCUGCUCAAGGCCACCAGUGUGAGCGACAAACUGCGCUGGAUGUGCGCUCUCACGCCAAACCGCCGCACCCGCUUCCUGUCAACCAGUGCUCACCAGUCGGACUCGCCCCAAGUGCAGUGCAUACAGUCGUAUUCAUCGCAAGAGCCGGAUGAGCUGUCUAUUGAGAUGGCGGACGUCCUCAACGUCCUGGAGAGGACAGACGACGGCUGGAUGAUGGGCGAGCGGCUACACGAUGGGGAGAAGGGCUGGUUCCCCACGCGGGUGGUGGAGGAGAUCCAGAACCAGGAGCUGCGAGCGCAGAACUUGCGCGAGUGCCAGCGGAUCCAGCAGGCGAAGGGCGGCGCCACCGGGCGCUCCGUGGCCAGUUCGCGGGGCAGGGGUCCGUCGAAAGUGACCAACGCUGAGUGGCUGCGGAUCCAGCAGUCGGAGAAGGACUAGCGAUGGGGAGCGAGCACCCCUUUUCCGCCGGUCAUCUUCAGCAAGGAUCCUACCCAAACCCAACAAAUAGGAACCGCCUCUAGGCCAACAACUUGACCGAUCACCCGGCGCCCCUUAAGGGCCGAAUGCAGACAAAGCUCUGAAACUAAGCACCGUUAUUUAAACCUUGGGUCCAAGCAGUCUUCCUGAACCAAGAACCACGAGGCAAGUCGUCGUGAGCUCUCCCUUUCCGGGCACCAUGGGAACGGGUCCCGAACACACUUACCCAGCUGUAUAAAUGGGUAAAUCAGCGUAAAUCGGUGGCUUCACGUUGUAAGUCGCUUUGGGGAAAAGCAUCGGCUCAAUGAAUAACUGUAAAUUUUCCCCGGGGUGUGGAUGACAUGGGCAAAACCAGCGAGAGCCGCCCAAUUUGCACGGCGCCACACCCAACCGAAAGGAACCUCCCACAAAGCUUGAAUCGAGGUAACACAACAAUGUAGAACAAAUCUUCGAAAAACAGCUGGUAUUCAGUUGACAGUGUUGUUGUUGCUGUUGUUGUUGUUAUUGUUCUUGUUGCUACUGUUGAAUCUAUAAAAAAAAAAGAAUUGUAAUAAUACGGAAUGAAAGAAAACGCGAAGGACUGUCGAAGGCCUGUUGCAUAAGAGAUUUGUGAUGAGUGCCAGGUGGCCACGGGUGGGAUCACCUGGCCACUUCCUCUCUAACCCGUCUGAUGCCCAAAUAUCUCAGAACUGCUUGGCCAGAACUCCCCGGAAUGCAAGUGUGUGCAUGCACGUGUGCGUGUAUAUAUGUGCGCUCAGCAACUGUGUGCAUGUAGGUGUACAGUUUGGUUCCUGUGUGCAGAAAAUUGAAAAUGAUUGUCAUCAUUUUGUAAGAAGUAAUUUAUUGUUAAUAAAAAAAAACAAAUGGAAA